AUGAUUAGAGUGCCUCAAGAACUGCUUGAAGCUUCUUUUUGCAGGUCUUCUGGGCCUGGAGGCCAAGCUGUAAAUAAAGUCAGUACAAAAGUAGAUCUUAGAUUUUCAGUCGAUGACGCAACAUGGCUUCCGGAGCAUGUAAAAGAGAGAUUGAAAGAAUUAUAUCACAACCAAAUCAAUAAAGAAGGAGAGCUUUUUGUGACUUCUCAAAGAUUUAGGGACCAAAAGCAUAAUUUAAAAGAUGCUAUACAAAAGAUUCAAGAGAUGGUUGAUGAAGCUGAGAAACCUGUCAUUAUAAGAGUAAAGACUGAAAUAUUUAAAGAGGAGGAUGAAGUUAAGGAUAAGAGAAUUUUCGAAAAAAAGAAAAGGAGCGACAUCAAGAAAGGCAGACAAGGAAAGGGGAAUAGACAUGAGCCUGCUUAA